AUGGCGAGUGUGGUUUCACCACGAAACUUGAUACUCAAGAACUUGAGGAAACAAGUCGAAAAAGAUGGGGCAGCAACAGCAGGAACGAGCGAUGAUCGGGACACCCUUCCGCUACCCGCCCUCGGAGACAUGCAACUUCAUUCAUUCUUCAAGCCAUCCCUGGAAGCAGGAACUUACUCUAUCGAAGUCAACCAAGACAUCGACAUCACGUACAAUGAGAAAGACAAGGAGACCAACCUGCCCAUUAUAUCCCACCAGGCCCUCCCACUUGGCCUAAAGGGCGAGGCCACCGCAAUUCAAACCUUCGAAGUUGUUGCUCCACGGUUUGCAAUAGACCUGAAGGAUAUCCACAGCACAUAUCCACCACAAGGACAUGCUGAUCAGCCAAAUGUGUUACCUCACAUCGUAUUUAGUGACGCACAUCUCCCAUGGGAGCGUAGCACGCCUGGCAUUUCAGAAACAAGUUCUGACCCUAAAGAGGACGCGAUACCCUGGCUUGCCGUCUUCCCAUUCGAUUGCAGCGGAACCACACCAGAAACGCAGGAAUUACGGCUAACUCCAGAACAACUCAAUGGAGACUAUGCGAUCUACCAGAAGAUUGGUGGCGAUGGGAAACUGGUUGAGAUCAAGCAGUCUUCAACCUUCACUAUCUCAAUGACGGUAGCGGAGUAUCUUGCUCUUAAAACUCGAUCCCCUCCGCCAGUCACCCCAACCCCUGAGACAAACUCGCCUCCAAACCCUUCACCGAAUACGCCAGAUGCAAGGCCAACCCUUGAUCCAAAGAAAUUUACCAAACUUCGGAUUCCACCAUUCGAAAAGGACCCAGACUACUCUGAGAUAUCUAGUCUGGACACCCCAGUUGAGGUAAUUUUCCUCUCCGGAAAACUGUUCAGACAGUUAUUCCCUUUGAAUGCAAGUAAAUUACCGGACGUCACCCCUUUUCGUUUCCUCUCCCACGUACGGAAUGUGAACACUCAAGGCAUGGCCCAAGCCAGCGUCGAGGAUGGCGAAACCGGGUUAUUCUCGAUCCUGCAUUCUAAACGAACUGGGCCAACAGACAUUGCCCAAAAUACCCCUCCGCGUCCUCAGGUGGUUCAUCUAAUAUCCCUUGAAUACAUUGACCAAAUGACUGGGGUCGACGCCAUGAAAGACGACGAACUCGUGGCAUUCGUCUCCCUCUAUCGCUGGAAUUACCUAUGUCAGCCACCCCUUACCGUCAACUUUGUCGACGCCAUGAGAGACAUCGGUGAAUCAAUGCAAGAUACGAAAGAACAGGUCGCAAACAACCUUUUGCGGUGUCCCGAGAACGUACUGACCCAAAUGCGAGUCAAAGCAGCGAUUGCGGCUAAAGGAACCGGCUCUUUGAAGCAGGAAAAGGUCACAGAGUUGCAAUCGGCAAUGCUUGAGCGACUGUCAAACGGGUACAGUCUUGUCCGGCAUCGGACUGCGUCUGGCGAAGAAACUGUUGCGUUUAAUAGAGGUCCGUUGAUACCCACAUCACCCGCCCAACUGCAACCCAAAUGGCCGUAUGGGUCCAAUUUCGGCCAAGAUUACCAAAUUUUUGACCGAAACCUUGGGAUGAUGGAUAUUUCUUAUAGUUCUGCCUGGCAAAUUGGGAAACUCCUGGCAACUUCUGAUCUAGGAUUUGUUGCAGCCUUAUUGCGGGUCCGAUCUAUGGCUCAUAAAGCGGGAGUGAAAGAGUCGCAAGUUAUGGCUGCGAGUAUGAUCUUUGGCAUGAAAGGGAAACUGGCAGUCUUCAAUGACCUUCAAAACUCAGCAUCUAUGUUGAACGAAGUAUCGAACACACCAAGCGGAGCUGCUGCCACUCCUGAUCUCAGACAACGGUGGUCGCACACGACACCUAUUCCUGAAGAAACAAAGGCUUCCGCGAAACUCCCUUCCAACACCAACGUUAAAAAUGCAUUUAUUUCCGGUGUACACCGCCAGAUGGUCAGUAUAUCAGCCAUCGCUGGAACGGAAGAUGUGAUCUUUGACGAGCUGGCUCUGGCCGCCUCUACUGACUGGGCGUAUGUUCAUUCGUGGAUUAUGGAUCGGCUCUUCCUGAGUGGACUCCCGACGCAUUACUACAUCGGUGAUAGCUCGUUUCUACCACCCGAGAGCAUUCGAUUUUUCCAGAUCGAUACCAAUUGGAUGGACUGCUUCAUUGACGGUGCUCUCAGCGUUGCAAACCAUAUGGCACGGGACGACGAUCAUAUACGCGACGCUAUCAAGAAUCAGCUAAAUAAAUUCUUCUCUACCAAAUACACCAACAACAAUGACCAGCCUUUACACUACCCUCAAGUCCCUAGGUAUGGGUUUUUCCUUCGCUCUGCCGUCGUAGCAAUUUUCCAGGAUUUAACUGUUGACAUUCCAUACCCGGAUGCCCCAGAGGACAAAACUCAAAAUGGGCGGCUACCAAUUCUCCUUCAGAAGCACCUUGGAAAAGAUAUAUUGAUGGUGCUGCUUGACCGUGCCCCAGAAGACAUCGUCACAAUCAAGCUCUCUCAGCCUCCCCACCAGCAACGUUUUAGCGCAGGAGAUGCUCUCGAUCACAACUCUAUCGAGUUCCUCUUCCGGAAAUUGUAUCGAUCCACUCAAGGUGGCUUUUUCCAUGAGUUUGGGGAUCCCCAUAAGCUUUUUCGUCCAGGCUAUGUGCCACCUAUCCAUUCGGAUACCCCUGGGCAUGUUGAAGCGGAUGAAGACAUUACUACUGAACCUUUGUAUGACUGGACUACGCGAUGUCUAGACCUUCCGACCCUAGAGAAAUACCUUCUUGGGGAGAAUGGCGUCUACACCAAAGGAAUGCCUGCUGAAUGGGGCCCCGAUGGAGACGGGAGGCUGCAUAAGCUUUCAAGUGCGAUGACCGGGUUGAUCCUCAAUGACACUAUGAAGUAUCUUGAGAUCAAGGGGCUAAACUACGACAAGAAACGCAAGACGCUUCAAGAACCAUAUUCACUUCGUGUUAAACCAACUCUGGCUUCAAUCAAUGUCGUCAGCAAAAAGAUCCAAAGCAUAAAGACAACUCUAGCCUCCAAGUCAUCCCUGUUGGACAAUGUGUCCAGGGAUCCGCUCCAAAAAGUACCCCAAAACCCGUCCAAUGUCUCGCCAUCCUCGUCUUUGCGAGCAAAUGCCCUCGCUCAUCCAACCACUCCAGCCCAUCUUACCCGCCUCGCACCUCUCAUGGGCAGCGUACCCAUCACCACCAAAGCUACUGUAGCAGGACCUGCUGCCACAGCUCCACCACCCGCAAACGUCAACGCCAUCGCCCAUGACCGCUCCUUCAAGUACGCUAUUUUCCCCGCAACCUCCAAAUAUAUUGCCCCACUCCCCGCCCUACCGUCUUCCAACUCCUAUGUCUUCGUCGAUGCCCCUUUCGUCCCCGACCUCAUCUUUAGCAUCAACAUCAACCCCAUUGCAACCAACCAAAUCGAAGUCAUCGAAAACGGGAAGAAGAUCAAAAAGAGUCUCUGGCUACGGGAAGUGCAAUUUAAAAUCCCAGUCGGCGAUCCCGCCAGGAGAAAAGGCGACGCCGAUAUCCAAGGCCUAGGUCUAGUCCCGGAUAACGCGUCAGCGGGCCUGCAAGGAAGAAUGCUGGAUAAUCAGCGCUGGGUCAUUCACCUUGACCCUGGAGCUGAGUAUAUGGUUGUGAGAGUUAUCCCGCGCUCGACGAAGAUGUCGACACCAGUGGAGUGGAACCGUAACUUGUCUUUUAAGCUUAUGGAGGUUGAUAUCGCAGGAUUUGAUGUCCCAGGGGUUGGGGAGAAGGUGCAAAUAGGUGAGGUGAAACCACCGACGGGGCCAGUGGAGGUGAGAGUUAGUGAGGUUUAUGGGUUUUUGCUGCCCGACGGGAAGACGUGGGUGGAUCAAGGGCGCGCGAGUUGGAGCUGGAAGGUGCAGAGAAAAGUUGGGUUUGCAAGUGGGUGGAGGCCUGAGGGUCCCAAGUAA